UGCGGUUGGUGGUGGGGCGUAAUCGUACACUGUAAACAUUUGUCACAUCCUACAUUCCUACCCUCCUAUCCUACGCACCUACCUACCUUAUCCUACGCAUCAACCCAUUCUUCAACACCAGUGCUCACCCAAACAAGCCGUUUUCACAGCCUUUCAUGAUCACCUACACCUACCUACACACACACUCCUGUCAAUCCUCCACCUAGUGUUUCACUUAACUUCGAUACAGCCACCGUAUCCACUCCUUAUUCCAUCGGUUGUUUCUCGUGACCCAAGGUUUGACCACUCGUACGACCGAUUGUUUUCAUCUAACGUUAAGUUGUUUUCUGGAUUGCUGCUGCUUUUGGAGCAUACCUUUUGUCUUUUUGCAAAGAUUCCUCUGUUUAUUCCUCUCAAAAGUGUCCCCUGUUUUCUAGGGUUAUUUACGAAAAAAAUCUGCAAUUAUGAAAUUGAAUCUAGAGUGAACAAGAUGACGGAUGACAGUGCGAACGUUACGACGUCGUGUUUAGCCAUCGGCGAGAAACGACCUCGUCGCUCCGGCGGUUGUGUCGGAAUAUUCUUUCAGUUUUUCGAUUGGAAUCGAAGAUUCUCGAAGAAGAAAUUCUUUCCCAAACGAUUACUUCCUGUUCCACCAGAUCGUGCAAAAGAAGCUUCAAACCUGUUGCAGAUUGCUGAUGCUGCUCAAAACGACGGCGUUUUAAGCGGUGGUAAUAUUAAUUCUGCCGGAAAUAAUGGUGGUCAAGCUCCCACUCUGGUUGCCAGACUCAUGGGGUUAGAAUCCAUGCCUUCAGUACAACAGAUUGUUAAAUAUUCUUCCGGUGAACACGAUGAGCUCGAUACGAAACCGAACCCGAACCCGAAAGCGACACAGAUACAGCAAGAUUUCAGGCCUCAGAAGGUUCAGAAAACAGGAACUAGUGAUAGAAGAAGUGUAACUAGAUUUGGGGCAGAAGCAUUGCAGUUAAAGAAUGUUUUAACAAGAUCUAGGAAGCAUCAUUACUCAAAACUUGCAUCUCCUGUGCCGAAAAGUAGGAAUCACUCGAGGAGGAAUUCAUCGCGCUUGAUCGGUGCUGCCACUCGAGUUUUAGAGUCCGGGUUGCAGGGUAGACAGAAGUCGAAAUACGCGAUUUCCUACGGUGCGAGAAACCGUAUGAAUGGAGAGAAUAAGAAUGAGAAUGUUGAUGUGUUGAGUCAGCAAGCGUGUUGUAAGAACUGUGGCAGUUUGAUUGAUGUUUCGGAGUGUAAAUCGAAGGUUAAUGUCGGUCCGUCUAUGUCGAAUUCAUCGUUUGAUCAAGAACGAGAGUUGCAGCCUCGAAAUGUUGCUUCACGGGAUUAUGUGAAGGGAAAUACGCGACGGGUUGAUGAUGUUCGGGUUUCAUUUCAGUCGAAAGACUUUGUGGCAUUGAACAGGAGUUUAACGGGUCAGACACGGUCAAGGGUACCAGGUAAAGUCGACGAUAAGUUUGACAAGAGGGGUAAGUUUGAAAACGGGCCGUCUCAUUGGCAGAAAAGGCGAACAACACGCAACGGGCCAAGAAUGGUUAGUAAUGCCCAAGCUGCAGGAAAACAAAUCGGGUCAGAAGCAUUUAGAUUCAAUUCCCAAAUGAAGAACAAGAGUGAAACACCUGUAAGAUUAGAGAGAAGAAAGAGUAACAAAAAUGCCACUUCUUGUAAACCGAGCGAUCAAAAGAUCAGUUUGCAGCACCCGUUCCCGUUAACAGGGGAUUGUUUGAGUGCACUAGUGGAAGAAAAGCUGCAAGAAUUGACGAGUAGAGUCGGGUAUGAUUUACGAACAAAUGGGAAUCCACCAAAGAGGACACCGGCAGCUAGUUUUCAAGAUUUGUUAUGUGCUCUAAGCACUGAGAGACAAAUUAGUCAAAAGAAUAUGGAAGUUAGACCCAAAAGGAACCAUCUUCCGCCCCGUAGCAGAUGUAGGUUUGAUCAUCUUAGCCCGGGAUCAGUUCUUGAAGCCUCCUUUUCAAACGACAGUUGUUGCUCUAGCAGUUUGGAAGAUAACUCAGGACGAACACAGCAUGCUGUUUCCAUAAGUUAUUCAUUCGGUGAAUCACAAUUUCAAGAAUCCGAGAUGAAUAUUUUUUACUCGGAUGACUUAUUUAGUAACGAGAACACCUGUAACGAGUUGGUAGUCGAUCUUCUCACAUAUAUUUCACAAGUAUUAUCCGCCAUAGAGAUUGUUAAUUCCAGAAUAACGGGAAACACGCUGGCCCACAUAAAGCACGUCGUCUUCAACUCCGAGCUAGUACUAAGCAACCAAAUAUCACAUAACCCAACUGAACUCAAUUCCUUCUUCAUAUGUGACCUUCUUCUUGAACUAGACGCGCUUGCAGACGUCAUAUGGACCACAUUCGGCAACUUUCUUGGUUCGCAGAACGCGGUUGCGGGAUAUCAACUCAAACGGUUCGUGUUUGAUGCUGUAAUCGAGUAUCUGGAAUCAAAAUUCGUUAAAUAUUCCAAAUGUGGGUUUAUAUCCUGGAUUGAUCUCCCUCAUUUUACGGAUUUAGAUGGUUUGGUGCAUGAAAUUGUGGAGGAAGUGAGAAGGUGGAUGGGUUUGGUUGGUGUGACGUCGGAUGAGCUGGUAGAGCGGGACAUGAGCCAUUGUUUAGGAAAAUGGACCGAUUUUGAGGUUGAAGUGUAUGAGACUGGUGCCAAAAUCGAGUCGGAUAUUAUGCAGAUGUUGGUCGAUGAAAUUGUUGUUGAAUGUUAAGGUAUUCAUUUUAAUGGUACGAUGAUUUAACGAUGGCAGUGAGUCGUCUUGUGUUUUGUUCCUUUUGGUUUGCUGAAAUUGUUGUUGGUGUUUAAGGUAUUCAUUGGUAACAUUGUAAUGAAAUGCUAGCAAGUUUAAAUGAGAUGGGCUGCAUUUUGAAGAAGGAAAAAAAA